GUUUAGAAGAUUCCUGUGUACUGGAGUAACGAGAAGGACUGGGUCGAAUUUUAGACAAAGUUUGUGCGCCAUAUUCAAAUAGGAUUUUUGCAGGGCAGAUUUCACUGAAAMAAUUCCUUCAAAUCUUCAACGUAAUGCUGCUGAAGUUAGCCCCAGAAGAUAUAAUGGUGACUUAUGUCUUGCAAUGAUUAUAUCUGAACAGUUUUGCUUUGGUUUACUGUCGUUAUUAUCGAUUUGUGACAUGGAUCUUUGGUAGUCUUACAAGAUGAAGAAACAAGCUGUGUGURGCACAAUAAAAAAGGACAACAACAACAAGGGAAAAGAUUACAGAAGAAGAACCAUCCAUGGAGCCUUUUCAAUACAAGAUAGURUGAUUCCCAAAACACCUCAGCUAAAUACAGCAAGGACUGUAAGAAAACCCCUACAGGUCGUGUCUGCAUCUAAAAGUUCGUGUAAUUUACUGUUUUCUGGAAAUGAAGCAGCAAAUCCCAGCGCUAAAAAAGAUACAAAAGUCCUUGAAUCWUUAGUAAAAUUUAAAAGUAAACUAUCAUUUGUGUCUGGCAAGGAAAGUAGCAGYCGUAAUAACAGUGCUGAUGGACAUGAAUCUUCUAAUGAACAAGAUUAUGCACCCUCUUAUGCCAUGGAUUAUCGAGAGAAUUCUGAGCAUUCAUCAAAUCUACAUUCAUUUGUAUCAAUGCGUAAAAGCAGGAAAUUAGACUUUGUUGUGAAGGAAUCAAACAAGUCAAAUGAAACUAAACCUAAAUCCCCACAACUAAACUCAGCUGAUUUAGAAGAUAAUCAAAGCUUAUAUGUUCCUACAGAAAAUAAUAAACUUAAAUCCCUGCAACCAAACUCGGCUGAUUUAGAAGAUAAUCAAAGCUUAUAUGUUCCUACAGAAAAUCAUGAUGACAAAAUGCAAAGGAAGGAAUUAAUCAGUGAAGCAAUGAAUCAUCCAGGAAUGGACAGUGAUUUGAAGUCCAAUACUUUUAACUGUCAUUCACCACCAAAUACAUCCAAACAAAGCAAUACAAACACAGUUGAAUCAAGGAAUCAUUUACAGUCAUCAAAUACAUGUAACCCACAUCAUUUACAGUCGUCAAAUACAUGUAACUCACCACUUGAUCUGAAUAUUAAGGACAUUCAUCAAACAACAGAAAUGCCGUCAAAACAGACUUCACACAGUAGCAUAGAUACCGGUAGUAGGGAUUUAAACCAUGAUUCUCCUUGUAAUAUGACAAGCUUGUCAAAACCUCUUGUACAGGUAGAAUCAAAUGAUGACACAACAAGCAAACCCAGUUUGAAGACAUUCAGAAGGUCAAAGAGUGGAACUUUGAGGAAAUCUCUACAGGAAACAAGGAUUUCAGCACUGAAGAAUACAAAAAAUCACACCUCAUCAAAGAAUAGUACUGCAAAACCUUCAUUACCAUCAUCAMCAAAGCAAGGAGAUGAACAACAGCUUCUUCUCAAAAGCCAGACAAGUAAAGACUGGAUGCAUUUGUUUGAGGAACCUUUUCCAAGAAGAUCUCCAAGACUGAGAACAGUAAACAACAAAGAAGACUAUGAUAACUUAUUAGAAAAUCUCUCCCCAUUAACAUCACGUGAAAACAACAGAAAAAGAAAGACAACUAGAACGUCUAGAGGACUCAAUUCAAAGAAUGUUCACAAUAUAAAUUCAAGGAAUUUCCUUGUUAGAGAUGAAGACAUUUCUGUAUCUACAAACAGCCAAAGCACACCAACRCUGGCAAUGCCUAACACAACCACACCAUACGUUGAUACACCAACAAUGGCAWUGCCUAACACAACCACACCAUGUAUUGGUACACCAACACUAAGAAUGCUUAAUGUAAUCCCACCAUGCAGUGAUACACAAAGAAAGCGCAAAUCUAGAGCAGGAUUAAAAAGAUCUAAGAAUAGUACAGAUUCUAGUCAAGAGUGCAAUAAGAAGACAAAGGAAGAUGGCGAAGAGGUGUCUAAAGACAAUAAUAUUGACAUAAUAGAUAAUGAAGAAAUUCACUUCCCUAAGCCUUCAAGAGAUCUCACCAAACCAGGAGGACCAUUUUAUGCUGUGAUAGACUUUUGUUUACCUGAUAAAGACUUUGUGAAGCUUAAACUUGCUAAGAUUAAGGGUGCACUGCACAUCAACAAAAUAUCACCCUGUGAAAUCAUUCCACAAAACACCUUGUCACAACCAGCAAUGAAACCAACCAAUGAACCAACCAAUGAACCAACCAAUGAACCAGCUAAUGAAAAGGUGAAACAUUCAUUGGAUGCAGCAGGCUACAUUGGAGAAAAGCAAUCAUGUUUACAAGAAAUGACUGUUGUAACCAGUGAUCCUUUAGAAGGUUUACAUAGCAAUUCUUACAGCUCAGAUUCUAUAAUUGCUCCUGCUUUGAAGUGUUCCAGCACCCAUGAUGUAGAGUCACUAGAUGGUGGCUUGACCAAGCUAUCCAGUGAUGUUGAUAAUAAAGUCUUUUCAGAUUCUAUUCUACAGCCAUUGUAUGGUACAAAGGUUCAGUCAGACGAUGGUUGUGGUGAUCUACAGCCAUUGUAUGGUACAAAGGUUCAGUCAGACGAUGGUUGUGGUGAUCUACAGCCAUUGUAUGGUACAAAGGUUCAGUCAGACGAUGGUUGUGGUGAUCUACAGCCAUUGUAUGGUACAAAGGUUCAGUCAGACGAUGGUUGUGGUGAUCUACAGCCAUUGUAUGGUACAAAGGUUCAGUCAGACGAUGGUUGUGGUGAUCUACAGCCAUUGUAUGGUACAAAGGUUCAGUCAGACGAUGGUUGUGGUGAUCUACAGCCAUUGUAUGGUACAAAGGUUCAGUCAGACGAUGGUUGUGGUGAUCUACAGCCAUUGUAUGGUACAAAGGUUCAGUCAGACGAUGGUUGUGGUGAAACAUCAUCUAGUGAUCAGACUUGUGACAUUAGUGACUCACAGAGUUUGUCAGAAUCAAUUUUUGAACCACUCACAGCCAUCCAUAACACCCAUGAAGAGAGCACUUUUAACAAGGCCAGUAAUACUUGUAAUGAACAGACUAAAAAGGUUCUCAAAGGCACAAGCAAUGAGAAUGUUGUAGUGAAUGAAGAAGAUGAAUCAAGUGGUCAUACUAAGAGGGGGAGGGAGAGGAGUGAUAAAGGGACUUGUGUGGAGAAGACAGAAUGUGUCCCUAGUAGUCUAGACUCACUCACACCAAGUCCAAAUGAAACUGUUCUCAAAGGYCUGUAUAGUAUGGAAAUAAACACUAGUCAACCAGCACAAAUCACAGAUUGUAGCCAUCCCUACCAGCCCUCUCCUCCAAAAACAAGCACAGAUAAGACUCCAAACAUUGAUAAUGACGGUGAUAUGAACAACGUGAACACAGUUCUUGCUGAAAGYAGCAGCACUAACGAUUCUUUUGAUCAGCCUUGUAUCAAUASUAGUUGUCAUGGAGAUGAUGCAGAUUGCCAUGGUGAUAAUAUAGAUUGUCACAGAAAUGAUGGUUAUCUUGAAGAACAAAGAAGCUGUCAUGGAGAUAAUUUUGCUUGUCAUGGAAAUGCUGAUGRAGCAAGUUAUAAACAAAAUAAUAGUCUAACCAGGAGUUCUAAUGAUGGCAUUCCAAUGAUCACUGAUGAUUUGAGUGGGGAUGUUGUACGUAAUUCCUGCACUGAAGGAAGUCAACAACCAUCAUGUACAGUGAUUGAUAUAAAUGUAUCAACAGAAUGUACUGUGGAUGCUACAACAUGCCAUAGUAACUCGUUUCCAUGGUUUCCAAACACUGAAGAGCCAAGUAACCAUCAUGGUGAUUCAUUUCCACUUUGUUCCAACACAGACAAGCUUGAUGUCAAUCAUUAYCCUCUAACUGUCGGCACCACACCAACUGACAAAGCAACGUGUAAAGAUAAUACAAUUUCCAGUGAUAAGGAUUUAAUAGUGGAAUGUACAGGUAAUAAUGAUGAUAAAUGUAUGGUACUUGGAUCUGAACCUCUCAAGCCAACCAAUGAUACAGACAUUGAUAAUGAUACAGACAGCCUACCGUACUGUAAACCAUGUCAUUCUGAAGCUAGUGAACCAUCCAUUGCUGACACAGCCACUCCUAGUGGUAAAGCACAAGCUCCUGAGGGUACAACUGUUGCUAUGGACACCAUGACACCAAUACUCAUGCAAGCUUGUCUACAGGUAUGA